AUGCCACAAAUUCAUCCACAUCCGAGUCCCCUAGCACACAUCCGCCACCCAAUAGCCUACCACCCCCAGAGCACCCCCCUCCCGGUGGCAAUGCACCGUCUGCCCAACGAGAUACUGCAGCGCAUCUUCGACAUCUAUGUUCACUCCAGCGGUGAUCCCUCCUACUCACCACUCUCCCUCACUCAUGUGUGUCGAUUGUGGCGUAUCACAGCCUGUUCCUAUGGAGGUCUGUGGACCUCCAUUCGCGUUUCUCCCCACGUCUGCUGCCCUUCUCGUCUUCGAUUAUGGCUCGAAAGAGCCAUGAAGUACUCGCUCGACAUAGCCAUAACAUUUCCUGCUUCCAAUGUCUUCGAGUGUUUGAUGUUCCCUCGUAUUCACGAUAUCGUGAAGGGGUUGCUGUUACCCGUGUGCGCCCAGUGGCGGUCUUUAUCCAUUGAAGGCCCCUCAAACGCUGUGCUGAGCCUCGGAUAUAUCAUUCCUCCAUUUCAUAACCCAAGCUUGGUCGGCCUCACCUCCUUCUCCAUCAUUAAUACAGAUGCCGCCCCCGGGAAACCAACACCAGACCAUUGCGACCUCGCCUACUCACCCCUCAUCACUCUACCACGCCUCCGCUCACUUUCCCUCAGCUCUUGUAGGCCUCGACUCAACCAUAUCCCAGAGAUGACGCAGCUCUGCGAAAGACUGGCCCACCUCCGUCUGCACGACCUCGUCUUUCCGAGAAACGAACUAUACAGUUUGCUCGGAUCGUGCAGUUCCUUGGAGUCGCUCGAGUUGGACGAUAUCAUGGUGACGAUACCUCUCGACAGCCCACUCAUGCAUCAGGUUGUCAGAGGGCCCAAUUCCAACACGAACGGCCGAUCGAGUCUCGUGCUAGAGCUUCCGAAGUUGAAGUCUCUAGCGGUCAAGGACUACAUGUCGUACCGGUACGCCGACGAAGACUCCGCAAACUUCGAGCUGACCGGUUUCAUGUUGGUGGGCUGGCUGAAGUGUCCUCAGUUGGAGGAGCUGCAACUCCGAUCUGGUGUUGCGGACAUGAGCACAAGACAAUCGGAUGCUCUGUUUCAAUGUUUGGAGAUCUCCGGAUACCCCGCCGUUCGAAGGCUACUCGUACGAGGAUGCGCAUUGGACAUGUUGGAAUAUGCGACGCGACUGGAUAAUUACGGCGGUAAAAAAGGCUUACGAAGGUCUUUGAACAGUGUGGAGGAGUUGAUGCUAUGUGAAGCGUGGAUGAGUGGCACGAAUUUACGGCUCUUGGGUAAGGUCUGCCCGAGCGUAAGGGUGUUGCAUAUGUGUACGUGUAACGGGUUAAACGAAGAAGAUAUCCUAGAUUUCGUUGCUUCGAAAGUGACGGACUUGAGGGAGCUCACCGUUGCUCCAGCAGGCCAGGAGCUGAAGGCAACGAUUGAGGUGGCGACGAAAGGUUCAGUCCAGGUGCGAACCUUCACUAGACAUGCGAUGGCCCAUUUUCAUGUCAAACAUUGCUUGACUCAAGACAUUUGA